GGUGCCUUCUCUCUAUCUGCAAAAUACCGCUGGGACAAGACAUGCUUGGAGGCAGGCCACCGGGAGCUGAUGCAGUUGGCCCACUACUUGCAAGGAACUCCGACUCGAGUCGUGAAGUUUGGCGGCCUCAUGGUGGACGAGACAGACCAUGAUGGGAGCUUGAGAGUUGAAACUCGCAUGCUCCGAGAGCUUAUUCUGGAGACGUCAAGCUUCCAAAGUCAGGCCGAGUUACAGUCGAUCCUAUCUGCCUGGGACGGUUCAAGCCGCGGAACUUACAUGUGGAAGAUGAUUGAAACGGACAUCAUGCAGACAUACGACCCUGGGGCUACAAUUCGGGUACAUUUGAUUACAGAUGGUGAAGACACUCACUCUCCUGGGAUGUUCCGUGGUAUCCAGGGCAUGGACGCCCUGAAGACUAGCCUGCGCGAGAAGGGCUACCGCAUCGAGUGGAACAUCAUUCUUUUGCUUUUCGGCAGUCACGAGUUCCAUGGGCUUUCAGUGGAGCGUUAUGCAGAACUCUGUCAAUCUUCUGGCGGCGUUUUCCGAAUUAUAUCUGAUGGCUAUCAGAAUCAUGGAGGGGAUGCCGAUUUCCAAGCCUUCCUCGCUGCGUUCGACAAUGACAAAGCGCAGUAUCUCCACAAGCAACACCUGGUCGCGGCAAGAACCUCGUCGGGUGCAGAGAUCCAACUACCACAGCUGACAACAUGA